CGAGAUGGCAACCGAACCGACACACCGUCCAGUAUGGGUUGCCGCAUACUUGGGGCCUACCUACGCCUACGAGAUGGCAACCGGACCGACAACUCGCUACCAUUCCCCCUAAUGGGAAGAUGGCGUUCUCCGCUAAGAAAUUUCCCUAGCAAGGACCUAGAGCUCGUAGUCAGCCAAAGUUUUGAUGCACCGCCCUCGUGCAACGUUAGCUCCUCUAUCGUGAAGUUUCGAAAAUAACUAAGCACACCAGCAUGAUCAGCAUCAGCUGACACAUCACAUACAGCCAAUUAUCUUUUCUUUAUUAAUAAAAAUCCAGACUUUAUUAUGUGAAUGAACUCUGAACUUAUCAAAGUUCAUAACUUAUGUAACGCUUAAAUAACCCUGCGAUAUUUAAAAAUGGAUAAAUGAAAAAUGAGGUGACAAAUUUUGGCAUUACUGAGAAAAUCAAUUAUGGAAAACAAUAGUCAUGCAGAAUCUGUCAACAAUGAUCCGUUUAGUGUACACGGACCUUGUAAAUCUUGUAUCAAAGAAUUGCCCAAUGCAGAAUUAUUAACACUGGUAAUAAAAUGCACUAAUUUUGCAGCAAUAAAACACAAAGAUCAAAGAAGAAAAGAUCCAAAAGAAACACCAUACAUAAAUCAUCCCAUAGGUGUUGCAAAUAUAUUGAUACAAGAAGGUAAUAUUCACGACCCAGCUGUAAUUUUGGCAGCUCUGUUGCAUGAUACAGUAGAAGAUACAGAUACUACAUUUGAAGAGAUCGAAAACGAAUUUGGUAGCGAGGUUUGUAAUAUUGUCAGAGAAGUAACUGAUGACAAAACUUUACCGAAAGCAGAGCGUAAGAGACUACAAAUAGAACAUGCUCAUAACUUGAGUUACAAAGCUAAACUUGUCAAAUUAGCAGAUAAAUUAUAUAAUUUAAGAGAUCUUCAAAAAGCAACACCAAUUGGUUGGACAUCGGAAAGAGUGAAAGAAUAUUUUAAGUGGGCCAAAGCUGUAAUAGAUGGAUGUCGUGAGACUAAUUUUAGUCUAGAAAGACAACUUGAUAUAAUAUAUGCUACUCGAGUAGCUCAAGAUAGAGAAAAUUGCGGAUGUAAAAAUACAUCGAUACUGAAAUGUGAUUGAUUUAUUCCUUAAUAAAUUUUAAAAUUACUAAAAAUAUUUAAAAAAAUGUAUAUUGUAUAUUUUGACUAUGUAGCCCCCUGUAGUAACGGGUGUACCUCGGAAUCGCUAAACCCAUACUGUAGCUACAAUGAAAUAUAGCUACAGCCCCUAAGGGGAAAAAAAAAUAUUGCGGGAUACGAUAUUAUGAGAUAUACGUAACAAAAUAGUAAAUCUUAUUGUU